CUGUUCGAGCCAUAAAAUCCGUCCAACGAACAUACCAAUGAGUGACGAUACAGAAAGAGUAAGCGUCCACGGCCGGAUUUUUCAGAAGAUAUCGCUAGACGAGAAAAUCUAUUUCGCCCCGGUGGCCAUCGACGACCGCGAGGAGAGCAGACUGACUGCCCAACAUGAUCUCAUGUCCAGGCUCUUGGGGAACAGGUUGUUUUCCAACCGGAUACCAGUAACAGAACCUCAGUCGAUACUGGAAUGCGGUUAUGGGGGAGGUGAUUGGGCCGUCCAGUGUGCGGAUGAAUUUGAGGACUGCGAGGUUACCGCUAUUGAUAUAUUUCCCAUGCAGGUUUCAGACCAACCCGAGAAUUUAGAACUGAUCGGCCACAAUCUUAACGAUCCACUCCGCGACCCCGACAUUUUCAAAGCAAAUCAAUAUGACUUGAUCCACUCCCGAUUUGUAUUUCCGGGGAUAAAAACGGAGAGAUGGCCUAGGUACAUCAGAGACGUGAAGCUGCUGCUACGACCAGGAGGAUGGGUCCAAGUCAUGGAGUAUCUCCCCAUCAUCCAGUCUCAUAACGGGCGUCUCACAGAGGAUUCUGCAGUCAGGAGGUGGUGGCAGUCGUACCAGGCUGCAAUGACGAGGAUGGAUAGAGAUCCAAGGAUAGGUCGUCGCUUGUCUCAACUGCUUGUUGAAAACAGAUACCGCGACGUAGCAGUCGAUAUCUUGCAGCUCCACAUCGGUGGCUGGCCGGCAGGUAGGAUCGUCUCUUUUAAUCUGCCACGGUCUCGUGGAUGCCACCGCCAUGGGCGAGCCAUGGUGUAGAAGCAGUGUUGUACCAGCGUGAGGAGAUGUUGACAUUUUGAACAGACCCAGCCAAGGCCAAUAUGGGAGAAGAGGCUAUCGAUGUAGGUUAUGGCGCUUGAUAACAGUAAGAAGGUCCAAGGUACUGACUAUGGCCAUCUGGGUGCAGGUAAUUGGCGAUCUCCUUGAGUCGAUUGGACUUUGGCCAUUCACUGCAGAGCUUGGUUGGACGGCUGCACAGUUUGACCAUCUCAUGGGAGAAGUUCGCGAAGAGCUUGAGAAUGUUGAGUUGAAGCUAUACAUGGAAAUGUAUGUAGCGGCGCAAGAUUGAG